UGUAGGUUUUGAUCAACAAUCGAUCGACGACUGAAUCAUGCUGGUCAUUUGAACGGUCCCAGAUCAGACGUUAUGGCAAAUUGCUGUACAAAAAACGAACAAACAGACAAUUGUACAAUAACUCUAGAGGAUGAUAGUGCUGGGCAUCGAAUAGAGAACUGGCUAGAUGAACAUCCCGAGUUCGUUCAAUCUUACUUUACGAGGAAAGCAAAUCGAACCUUGAUUGAUUCAUGGUUGCACUCACGAUCUCAUGUACGGACUCCCAGUGGAACUCCACCGCCUUCUGGCAGUUCAACUCCUGCCAGAAAGAUUUCGGCUUCUGAAUUUGAAGGUCGAGGGAUUCUGAAACCUUUAUUAAGUGUUGUGGAUGGGCAGCCUAGUUUUCUAUCGCCUAGUGAGCCUCUAAGAGCUCGAUCACCUCAUAGGAACAGAAAAUCUCGCUUGGAGCUUCAGCAACUUGAUGAGAAAGAAGUCUUAAUGGAACUUGUUAAGGAUAUAGCCAACGAUUUAGAUGUUCAAAGUCUUUGUCAUAAAAUUCUACAAAAUGUUAGUUUACUUGUUAAUGGCGACCGUUGUUCGCUUUUCCUCGUUCAAGGCCCCAGAGAAGGGCCUCGCUAUUUGGUGUCAAAAGUAUUUGACGUAAAUGCCGAAUCUAAACUUGAAGACGUUCAAGAGUUAGAGGAAAUUCGGAUACCUUUAGGUACUGGAAUUGUAGGUUAUGUGGCGGAAACUGGAGAAACGGUCAACAUAGCAGAUGCAUACGAGGAUGCAAGAUUUAAUAAAGAAAUUGACAAGAAAACGGGUUAUAAAACCAAAAGUAUUCUAUGUAUGCCAAUUAGUAAUCACGACGGAGAGGUCAUGGGAGUAGCACAAGUUAUUAACAAAACAGGCAAUGAUGCUAAACAAGCCUUCACACAAGAAGAUGAAAAGAUUUUUCACAAAUAUUUAGUAUUCUGUGGUAUUGGAAUUAAUAAUGCAGAACUAUAUGAAAGAGCACAAUUAGAAAUUAGAAGAAACCAGGUUCUAUUAGACUUAGCAAGGACAAUAUUUGAAGAGCAGACAUCACUACAUAACAUUGUUCACAAGAUCAUGAUGAUAACACAAACAUUGCUACAGUGUGAAAGAUGUUCAGURUUACUUGUCGAUCCCUCUUCAAAGACUUUAUUCUCUCAAGCAUUUGAUUUAGAAGCUAAAGACUAUGUACAGAAUGACAGUAGCAAUAAAGAAGUGAAAUUCCCCAUCAAUAUUGGAAUCACUGGCUAUGUUGCUGCAACUGGAGAGACACUGAAUAUUCCAGAUGCGCAUGCAGAUGACAGGUUUGAACCAUCUGUGGAUGAAGCAUCUGGGUUUAAAACUAAAACAAUUCUUUGCAUGCCAAUCAAAAAUGGCUCAGGGGAAAUCAUUGGUGUUGUGCAGCUUCUCAACAAAGUUGAUGGAACAGCAUUCAACACDAAUGACGAAAACCUAUUUGAGGCAUUUGCAAUUUUUUGUGGAAUGGCAAUUCACAGCACAGUGAUGUAUGAGAAUGUAAACAAAGCAAUGGCAAAGAGAAAGGUUGCAUUGGAAGUUUUAUCCUACCAUGCGGCAUCACCAUUAGAAGAUGCUCUAAAACUCAAGGAACAAACCAUUCCUUCUGUCAACACACUUCGUCUAAAUGACUUCACCUUUGAUGAUAAUACAAUCAGUGAUGAAGAGACACUGAAAGGUGUUUUAGCCAUGUUUAAUGACUUGCAGAUAGUCAAUGCAUUUAAUAUCGACCACUUGACACUAUGUCGGUUUGUUCUAACUGUGAAGAAAAACUACAGACCUGUCAUGUACCACAACUGGAGACAUGCAUUUAAUGUUGCUCAGACAAUGUAUGCCAUUCUCAAGAGAGAUUCAAUAGGACCACAUUUUUCAGUUAUUGAGCAGUUUGCUCUGAUUGUGGCCUGCUUAUGUCAUGAUCUUGAUCACAGAGGAACCAACAAUUCAUUCCAAAUCAAGAGUGCAACGCCGCUAGCACAGCUAUACACAACAUCAACCAUGGAACAUCAUCAUUUUGAUCAAUGCAUUAUGAUUCUUAGUGGUCAGGGAAAUGACAUHCUUGCUACAUUAUCAUCAGAAGAGUAUAACACCAUCAUCAAAGUACUGGAGUCAAGUAUCAUAGCAACUGAUCUUGCUCUUUACUUCCAGAGAAGAGGUGACUUCUUUAAAAAAGUAGAGUCCAAAGGUGUUGUCUUUACAGAUGAAAAUUGCAGGGAUUUGAUAAGGGCAAUGUUAAUGACAGCUUGUGAUUUAUCAGCCAUUACCAAGCCGUGGCUAGUCCAGAAAAGGACUGCUCAUCUAGUUGCUGAGGAGUUCUUCCAGCAAGGUGAUCUGGAGCAAAAAGAACUCCAUUCAACUCCUCCACCAACAAUGGACCGACGCAAGAAAGAUGAGUURCCACAAAUGCAAGUUGGUUUUAUAGAUGCUGUUUGUUUGCCGCUCUACAAAGCAUUAGCUGAAUUUGAUAAGAGUUUUGCCCCAUUAAAAGAUGGUUGUCGUGACAACAGAAGACAUUGGCAAAAGCUAGCAGAAGAAUACAAGGCUAAAGAGAUUGAUUGUGUUUGGAAGAAACGGUUUUAAGAGGACUUACAAWUGUAGGGGCCAAAGGGAUGCUGUGGGAACUAAUGAUGUUCACCAUGUAGAGAAACUAGUAGAAUCAUAUUUUACUCUGUAGAUAUCUUAAUAUUGUACAUUGGAAUAUUACAAUUUAGUUGAGCUAUGAAAACGGCUCAUUGUACAUGUUCAUUUAACAUUCAUUAGUAGGUAAUUUUACUAUAAUAUCAUAUGUAGUCUGGUGCUUGUUAGAUGCCCUAUAAUCUUCAUGUGGGUCAAUUAUUUUAUCAAAGGUAACUAUAACUUAUUGUAAUAAAUGGAUUUAAGUUGCUCUUUAUCACACUCUUUGAAAAGCAACACACAAAAGAACUAGGACAGUGAAUUUUUUAUACCCAAUCUAUUCAUGUUCACAAUGCCAAGCCAGACGACAGUAGCCCCUGUAGCAGACRUUUAUUUACAUAUUUAACCUCUAACUGUUUGUAGCAUACCAGAUACAAUACUUUGAGGGUCAGUCAUGCUUUCUAAAGAGCUUGUCAAAGAGUACAGUUGUUGUAAGCUUCACUUUUUUGAAAUAAUUGACCAAAAGACAUAUGGCAUGUAUAAUAUUYUUUCUUAAUCAGAACAACAAGAUGUUAUUAAUAUUAUUUUGAA